AUGACGGAACUCGGCAUUUACACAUUCGAUACAGACAUACAACCCGGGUCAAAGCUCAUAAGCGAUGGCUCAGGGAGUUGGACAUCGAAGCUUGGCGCCGCCGCAAGGUCGUGCGUCAACGAGGUCGGGCUGACAUCCUUCUACCACACCACGCGGGACGUCAAGUUAAUAUGCCUCCUACGGUCGACCCGAAUGUUUGGCUACGGGGCCUUGACCCUGGUUUUAGCCACGUUUUUACGAGAACUGCACAUAUCCCCCACCGGGAUCGGCUUCUUCAUGACCCUGACCUUGACCGGCGAUGUGAUUCUUAGCUUUUUCCUCGCGUUAUUUGCCGAUAGUUUGGGUCGGCGGGCUGUUCUGGGGUUUGGCGCUAGCCUCAUCAUCGUCAGCGGCGUGGCCUUUGCACUUUCUAGUAAUUACUGGGUGCUCCUAGGCGCGGCUAUCCUUGGCAUUCUGAGUCCCAACGAUAUUUACGCCUGGUAUAAUGUGUCGGGGACCAUCGGAUCGGCGAUCGGCAUGAUAACCUGCGGCUGGGUUAUCCAGUACCUCCGCGUUUCCCUGGGUUGGCCUUUACUCGACAGCUACAGGGUGAUGUUUUGCGGCUAUGCCGCGAUCGGCGUGGUCAAGAUCUUUCUUGUCUCCAGGCUCACCCAAGAAGUGGAGCUCCGGGCUGGACCGCGCGAGUCGGCGCGGUCGUCGUCGGGCUCGACUGUCGCCGAGGCGGCGCCGUUGCUGGGCGGUAAUGUGUCUCGUGGCGGGGAAGAUGAGGUAGUUGGAGACGUGAAAAGGGGCCUUUCGCUGCCAUCCAUCAGCCCCGAAAGCGUCCGGAUCAUGACUGUCCUGUGCCUGCUGUUUGCUCUCGACGCAUUUGCUACCGGUCUUUCUCCCUUGUGCGUAUUUCUCUCCUUCUCUAUCCUGCCAUUCUUUGCUAUCAACUGA